ACAACAUUACACACAUGGAAAGCGAACUCGCAUGAAAAUUUGCGGUUGACCUUGUGUUGUUUUCAGCUAAAUCUGCAAAUUGCUUUUUCCACCUCUUCCCAUCUGGAAACACAACGUGAUCACCAUUUGAUGAAUACAUCAGAUGUUCAUGUGAUUAUGAUUCUAUUUGCAAAAUGUCACCGGCAUACAAAUUAAGGAAGGAAUAUGGGUUUUUUUUUCUCCUUUGAUUAAUGAAACAGACUUUAAUCUCAACCUUUGCCGGUGUCUUCCUUUGCUGCAGGCUGUGUUCUAAAAGCAUGAGAUGAAUGCCAGAAUGACACCAAAGUGAAAUAUCGCCCAUGAAAUAUGAAGCACCUCCACAGUGUUUUGCGGGAUGAUUAAUAGGGGAUAUCGAGGUGGGCCACAUUGUAUGAAAUGUUGGCAGCAAAGCCACGGCCUAAUCAGCGUCAACUCCAAAGGCAUUUUUUUCCUCACUUCACUGGAACUUGUUGCCGGUUCGGAAAAACGUCUCCAUAAAUCUUCUGAUGAAUGAGCCCCCGAGACGGUUUAGAGAAGUGUUAAGUGUCUUUGGAAUCGCAUCCCAUUCUGGAUAAACACUUACGGCAUGGGAAAUAAUUGGCCGGCUCGGUUAUUUUGUGGAAUUUAGAUGGGCGGACACUCCAGAGGAUUUCUGGGGGUAUUCCAGCUAUGCGUGUCAGAGUGGCAACAGGAUGGAGGUCAUCGCUCAUUCAUGGUCUUUAAUCGUAGCCCCCCCCCCCCUUUACUUUUCACUUCCUCUGCUUGUGGCCAUCCUUUCCCGAACCGCUCAUAUCGACACGGUUUUAGAACAUCCCCACCCCCCCAAGCAAAACAACACAAGGCGGUCAAAGACGCAAGAAAACGGCAUCCCAUGUCAAAUGUCACGACAACAAAAAGUCCUGAGAAAACAGACGCGAGACACUUCGUUCCCGCGUGGGGAUUUACUCGAGUGAGCUCGCGAUGGUAUCUAUGUGUGCGUGUGCCCCCCCACAACCCCGCGCCCCCAGCCUAAAGCUAUGAGCUUAAGGGGUGGAGUGCAUGGAGACAUAAUAGAUAGAAGGGAGGCUGUGUGUGAAGUAAACAGAAGCAGAGGGAGGACAAGGGGGGGAAAAAAAAAAGUUAUGAAAACAAGAGUAUGGGAGCAGAUGGGUUUUACCUUGGAAACAAGCAUUACAGCAGAGAACCUAGGGGGGGGGCUCAGGGGGGGCUUCAGCCAAGCUGGACUUUAUCACAGCCUCUGGAGACUGAUGAACAAGGGGGUGGACGAGUUCCAGGCACACACAAGCACACAGCAGCGCUCGUCACACACCGUGGGGGGAAGAUAUAUAAAAAGAGCUCCCAGGGAGAAAGUGCGGCCAGUGAAGCAUCCGUCCUGUUCAUUUGAAGGGUGUUCACGCAAAGGCCCUUGGGUGCUGCGGACGAGUAUACGUUUUUCUUUUUGGGGAAAAAAAAUAAAAGCGGCGAGCGGAUGAGGGGAUGCUGAAGAGUAGCCAAAGCUUGAUUUGAUCUUUUUUUUUUUUCCUUUGGGUCUUUCACCUUCCAUCUGAGUGCUUUCUAUUUUGAGAGGUGAGAGAAAGUUAUGCAGGCGCGCUGACGGCGACGACUUGGGUUUUCGUUUCACGCAGAAUGGAAGCGGAUAUCGACAACUGGACUUCUGUGGAUGAACGCUUUGACUUCAAGGAGCGUAUUGAUGGUUUCGGUGUCCUCAUGGCCAUUCUCUAUCUUGCGGUGUGCAUCGCGGGGCUCGCCGGGAACUCGCUGGUUAUCGUCGCCGUUUUGAAACUGGACAAAAUGUCGUCGGCCACCACGGUGUACAUUUUCAACCUGGCGCUCGCCGACGGACUCUUCAUGGUCGGGCUCCCGUUUAUCGCGAGUCAGAACUUUCUGAGCCGCUGGCUGUUUGGCGACGCGGCGUGCAAAGUGGUCAUGGUGCUGGACGGCAUCAACCAGUUCACCAGCGUCUUCUGUCUGACCGUGAUGAGCAUCGACCGCUACAUGGCGCUGGCCGACCCACUAAGGUUCGCCUCCUGGAGGACGCCACGUUGCGCCAAGAUCGUUUCGGCCUUCUUGUGGCUUUUUUCCAUCCUCGCCAUCCUCCCCAUGGCGCUUCAUUUCUCUGCGGAUCGAGGCCUGUGCAUCCCGGACCUCGUUUCGGAAAUGUGGUGGCUGGGCGUCCUGUCUUACACCUUCGUCUUGGGUUUUGCGUUGCCGUUCACCAUCAUGAGCGCCUCGUAUACGGCCUUGCUGCUCACCCUGAGGUCACAGCGGCUCCGGGCCACCGUGGCCGAUCGUGAGAAUCGCCGGCCGGAGCGGCAGGUCACCAAAAUGGUGGUGGCCGUGGUGGUCGUGUUCGCUUUGUGCUGGUUGCCGUUUUACACCGUCAACUUUUGCUCCAUGUAUCAAUCCAACCCUAACUUUGCGCGGGUGUUCGAGUUCUUGGUCUUGCUGUCGUAUUCGUGGAGCUGCGCCAACCCCAUCCUCUACACCUGCCUCUCGGAGACCUUCAGGAAGCACUUCCGGGCGCUCCUCUGUUCGGGCGCCAAGUCUUCUCCCAGCAUGCAAUGCAACACCGAGCAGUAUGACCUAAAUGUCACAGGAUUGCAGGAUGUCACUAUUCUGGCAUAGGGAGACGAUGUCCAAACUACUCCAUUUCUUGUAAUGUACAACUGUGCACACAUUUGAGAGUGAGUAUUAAAAAAAAUAUAUAUAUAUAUAUAUAUAUAUAUAUAUAUAUGCCUCCA